ACUGACAGUCCCAAUCUGCCCUAGGAAAGGACUUCGUUUUCACUUCUCUUUCAGAAUGAAUCAAGAAGGCGUUCUGGCUUGUUGCGCCGUUUGCUAUCAACAUACCGUUAGGAGAUGUUCGCGUUGUCUCAGUAUUUACUAUUGUAACACGGACCAUCAACGCCAAGAUUGGAAAAGACACAAACCCGAGUGCGUGCCAAGAACACCAAAACAAGGUCCGAGAAACGAAAAGAUUGGCGGUGUUUCGACAUCUACGACAGAAGCAGUGAGAAUAGGGGAGGUGAAAGACGACGCGCCUCACGGCGGGUCUAGCUGUGAGCCGCAGAACGUUUCGACACCCGACGCAAGUGCAACAAGUGAUACAAGACGUUUGAAAAGUUCAAAGAAAAAAAACGCGAAUAAAGAAGGUAGUGUUAGUGUGAGUAAACAAAACGCUGUGGGUACCUCGGGGGUGAACUCGGGCGCUGUCCCUAAAAAUCGGAGCGUGAUAUCUAGUGUUUUGUGUGCUAGCAAGGAUAAGGACAAAGUGAAUAGUGCCAUAACUUACGAAGGAUCGUCAGAGCAGGAGAUUCUAAGUGAGUCCGCGCAGCAACUUAGUGCUGUGGAGUUUUCAACAGCUAGUACAACAGUGAAGGCUCCUAAAUCUGAGUCAAACAUGUUGGCGGUGGCUGGUUACUCCGGGGAACAAGUCCCUAUGAAGGAAUAUCCUGAAGGGACAGUGAGAAACAGUACUGCCCCGUUUGGACAGCCACAGAACAGUUUCUACAUGGACCCCAGUGACCAGUGGUACAACAUAUGCCAGCAAGUGAUAAGAGACAUGACACAGUUUGGAGUGUGUGUUUUGGACAAUUUCCUAGGGCAAGAAAGGGGACAUUUAGUGAGAAAUGAAGUGUUAAAAAUGUAUAGAUCAGGUGUAUUUCAAGCAGGUCAGCUGGUAGCCAACCCUAGCAGCACGGACGCACAUACGGUCAGAAGCGAUAAAAUCAACUGGAUAGACGGCAAGGAACCAGAUUGCUUCUACAUCAGACAGCUUAUCAACCAAGUCGACAACAUUAUCCUGAGGGCGAACAAGAUGCCUAACAACGGGAAACUCGGAGACUACACGAUCAACGGCAGGACGAGGGCAAUGGUGGCGUGCUACCCCGGCUCCGGCACGCACUACGUCAAACACGUGGACAACCCCAACAAAGAUGGCCGCUGCAUCACCGCCAUAUACUAUCUGAAUCUCAACUGGGACAAGGAGCGCUGCGGCGGCCUGCUCAGGGUGUUUCCCGAAGGUCUGGAUGAGGUAGCUAACAUCAAGCCGCUGUUCGACCGAAUGGUGUUCUUCUGGUCGGACCGGAGGAAUCCUCACGAAGUCCAACCCGCCUAUGAAACUAGAUACGCCAUCACGCUGUGGUACUUCGAUGCCAAAGAGCGGGCUGAAGCUUUAAAGCGACAUCGCCAAAAUCGCGAGCCGAAUUUGAGCCAGUGAUAUUCGGACCCGCCCUCCGGUGGCGCCUUUAACACUUCGCUGAGCUGACCUGGCGAAAUAUCACUUUCCUAGCGUGCAGGGACUUUUUUAUUCCAAUGGCGUUCUUCAUAAACGCUUGACAGGUCUAACAAGCCCUUGAUAAUAUUUUAUCCUUAUCUGUCAUUUUGACAUUUGUGUUUAUUAGAUAAAGACAAAAAUUAAAAGAGGUUUGUAAGAAGUUGAUAAGUUUUAUGAAUAAGCGUAAGGUAAAUCACGAAUUCAUUGUACAGGCAAGUCAUUAUUUUCAGUGGUACUGUUUUACCACAUAUAGGGUUUUUUGUCUGUAAGGAUGGUAUUCAACCUGUCCAUUUCUUAGUCCAAUGUGUAUUUGCAUCUCACAUUUUGCUUAAUAAGAGAGUGAAAUGCAAUGCACAUUGGGCGAAGAAAUUGGACUGAUAGAAUACCAUCUUAAGACGUGUUACGUUUCAUAAUUCGGAUUAACUGUGAUCCCCGUAAAGUAUUAAUUAUUGCUUGAUAUUACUCAUAUUCAGAAUUAGAUAGAGUACGUUAUGACAUAAAUCUAAAAGUUUUUAUGAAUAACAGUUACAUUUCUUUAUUCUUACUCCUAAGUUAAUUCUAUAUUUUCUUCUUUAAUACUUAUUUUACGCCUGUCUGAAUAUUUUUGAUAUUACGUUCUUUCAUUUGGCUGUAUCUAAUUCUGAAACCAUACACGCUAUUUCGUCUGAUACAAACGCAGCUUGCUAGAGAGUUGAAUACAUUUUUGUAAAUCAUCACUGCUUUAUUUAAAUAGAAAAGUUUACACGAUUUAUAAUGCAAAGAAUCGGCUAUCACGUGUAUAGUCUGUCAAGCCAUUUCCAUCAGUAGAAAAAAGCGGCAAAUUUAAAAACUGUAGGCGCGAAGGGUUUUUCGUACCAUAGAAAAUUAGAUCUUCGUGCCGUUUUCUACUGAAAAAUUUCUUAGACAGACUUCUUCGCAUAUAUGUAUGUGCCACGUACACAUAGGAUGACAGGUUAAAGAUAAAAUAAAAACGCCUUAGAAACGUCAAAUUACAAAAAUCCGCUAGUGAUGUGGCGAUGUCAUCGGAUUGAUCGGAUUAAAUCGAUUCGUGAUGAGGCAUUUUUUUAUAACUUGAAAUCUAAAAGUAUAGCGUGAUUAUUUUACAAAACAUGUACGAUGGUAAAGAAAACCAGUAUAUUUUGUAAUACUAUAACGUAUAGUUUUAAUAUUCACUCUGUCAAUGGGCAGAAAAGUCAUAUAUUAUUUUACCUAGCUUAGAUGUAAGUAGUACUUUUCGUUGUCAAUUUUGAGUGUUUUACAAGGCCUUGAAGUAUUAUUUUAUAUUGAAAAUGCACCUACUUCAUUAUUUUAUUUACAUUCGCUGGCAUGAUUUUACUUUGUUCAUGUGCAAUAUACUUAAGUAAAAAAAGAAAUACAAACAGAAAACAUAUUACUUAUUUGGGUAUUCGCCACUUAUGAAAAUUGUGUAGCCUUUUUGUGUUUGUAGAAUUUCAGCGGAUACUUUAUACUUAAGACUGAAUUAAAUUCUACCAUUCAAAUAUUUAAAAGAAUUGUCAUUUUAAUACAUCGUCAUAUAUCAAAGCAGGGGCCUUACGGCCACUAAGAAUGGUGCUAGUUCAGUGGUAUCACUCACGAAUUCGAGCCAAUCGUGCAGUCUAACAUAACUAGUUGCGACCAAUCGCGUCGUGGCGUUAAACUGCACGAUUGGCUCGAAUUCACGUGCGUCACACCGCUGUACUGACCCCAUUCUUAUUGCCCGUAAGGCCCGUCCUUAGAUAUAUGUCAAUGUUUGAAUAAGUUUUAUUUAUUUCUAUUUUGUUCAUAUUAUUAUGCAGAAAACUGCCAAUAUGGUACUCCUGAGUUUUCAAUAUACAUUUAGAGAUAAUUAUCUGUAGAUAAAGAUUGCAGUUUUGAAUGAUAUGUUACCUCAUUAAAAUAGUCGCAUGUCAUAUUAUUAAUGUAAAUAAUCAUAAAAUUAAAUAUUAAAGUGAAUAAACAUUGAUACAUCAAUA